AUGCAAGACAAAACCACCAAGUUACAAAAGAAUGCAAGUUUGAUUGGAUUAAAUAUCAACAUCAAGAAAUCAGAAGUCAUGCCUCUAAACACAACAGAGCCCCCUUUAAUAGAUUUAAAUGGGACACCCCUAGACUGCACUUCAUCUUUCACCUACUUGGGCAGCAUAGUAACAUCUGAAGGAGGAGCAGACAAAGACAUCAGAGCCAGAAUAGGAAAAGCAAGAACUGCAUUUUUAAAACUUAGACACAUCUGGAAGACAAGCAACAUCAGUAAGAACACCAAAAUUAGAUUAUACAACAGUUGUGUACUAGCAGUGCUACUAUAUGGGGCGGAAUGCUGGAGAAUGACAGAAAAAGACAUCAACAAGCUCUCCAGUUUUCACAACGGUUGCCUUAGAAAGAUAUUAAGGAUAUUCUGGCCGCGUAAGAUCACCAACAAAGACCUCCAUGAAACAACAGGAUCCAACAACAUGGAGACUUUAUUGAAACAGAAAAGAUGGAGAUGGAUUGGCCAUGUUCUUAGAAGACCAGCAGAGGACUUGAUCAGAGUAGCCCUAAGAUGGACACAUGAGGGGAAAAGGAAGAAAGGAUGCCCUAAAACAACUUGGAGAAGAACAGUUGAAGCUGAAAUGAAAGAACAUGGAAUCAGCUGGGGUGUAAUAGAAAAGAAAGCACAGAACAGAGAUGAGUGGAAAGAACUAGUCCUUGCCCUAUGUGCCCCCGGGCAUAAUAAGGACUAG